ACCAGGAAAGGGUGCUCACAGAAUUUGUUAUAAAUCAGUCUGGAGACCCUCCAGUUAUCUUGAAGCUGUGUAUCUGCAGGAUUUUUUCUCUCUGCUUUGUGUUGAUAGGUCACUGGACUCUGAAAAGCUCCUCUGGCUGUUUGACGAACAGAAGAUUUGAAGUGCCAAAGUGAUAGCAAUGAAUAGUUUGAAGACAAAUACCCUGGUGCGUUUCUACAAGCAGCUGAAAACUAUCUGUAGUCCAGCAGCAGUGCCAGCACGACUCUGCAGCCUGGCCACCUCCACUCAUAAAAACAGGACUGGUGCAUUGCAUCCACUCUGGCAGAGUCCGCUUACAAUUCCUGGAGGCACCCGACAGUCUCCUAUCAAUAUCCAGUGGAGAGACAGUGUUUAUGACCCCUUCCUGAAGCCUCUGAAAAUCAGCUAUGACCCAACAACCUGUCUUCACAUCUGGAACAACGGCUAUUCAUUCCUGGUUGAGUUUGAUGAUUCUACUGAUAAAUCAAUAAUUGAUGGAGGUCCCUUGGAAAACCAAUACAGGCUAAAGCAGUUCCACUUCCAUUGGGGAGCUAUAAAUGACUGGGGUUCAGAGCACACAGUUGACUGCAAAUUUUACCCAGCAGAGUUGCAUUUAGUACACUGGAAUGCUGUUGUGUACCCAACAUUUGAAGAAGCUGUAAUGGAAGGUAACGGCUUGGCUGUUAUUGGAGUGUUUUUAAAGCUAGGAGCACAUCAUGAAGGGCUGCAGACACUGGUUGAUGCCUUGCCAGCAGUUAAACACAAAGACACUGUUAUCGAGUUUGAUGUCUUCGAUCCCUCCUGCUUGAUACCUUCAUGCCCUGAUUAUUGGACCUAUGCGGGCUCUUUGACUACUCCCCCACUUACUGAAUCAGUCACAUGGAUUAUUAAGAAGCAGCCCAUAGAGGUUGAUGAGAAUCAGCUGGAGGCGUUUCGGAUGCUGCUCUUUACUUCAGAUGGUGAAGAAGAAAAGAGAAUGGUAGACAACUUUCGCCCUCUUCAGCCAUUAAUGAACCGAACCGUCCGUUCAUCCUUCCAAAGCAGGCAUCUCUUGAAUGCUGAAGAGCAGCCCAAGGACCAUGCCGAGCAGAUGAGGCCAUAGAUGGCCCAUGAAAUGUCAGUCCAGACUGCAGUACCUGGUUAUAACAGACUUAUUUUUUCAAUUAUUUUUCCUUUUUCUUCAGUAUAUGUCACAACAGUUCCACAGCCAGACAGCCAGCUUCAGUUCUGCUAAGUGCCAUUUGACUUUCAGUAGAGAAGCUGUGGAGUUUUUUAGUUUUGCUUUCUUUUUUUUU